UCGGGCAACAACAGAGCACUUUAGUUAGCACAGCUAACAAGCUAGUUAGCUAGCUUUUUCUUGUGUUUCUGUGCAGAAAUCCUGUGGGGUUUGCUUUAGCAGGGAGCUUUCGUGGGCAGGAAGACCGAUUCUUCCCACAGAAGCCUUUCUGCACGCGCUCGAUAAGUUUUUAAAAUGUCGGUGUUUUCAGAAGCGGCUCUAGAGAAGAAACUCUCCGAGCUCAGCAACUCCCAGCAAAGCGUCCAGACACUGUCUCUAUGGUUAAUCCAUCACAGGAAGCACUCGAAAGCUAUCGUCAGUGUUUGGUACAACGAACUUAAAAAGGCCCAGGUACCCCGUAAGCUGACGUUCAUCUACCUGGCCAAUGAUGUGAUCCAGAACAGCAAAAGGAAGGGGCCCGAGUUCACACAGGACUAUGCCCCCGUCAUAGUGGACGCCUUCAAACACGUCGCCAGUGAGGGAGAAGAGGGCUGCAAGAAGCAGCUGGGUCGCGUGUUGUCCAUCUGGCAGGAGAGGGCCGUCUACGACAACAAUAUACUGGACCAGCUGUCACAAGUCCUCUUGGGUGAGAAGAAGGUGGCUAAGAAAAGGCCCUAUGAGGAGAUUAAAGCCAGCAAGGACGACGACUUCCCCAGCCAGAGCUCCCCUGCGGAACCCCCACAGACGGCGGAUCUGAUCCGCUCGCUGCAGGAGCUGGAGAAUGCCGCCUCCAGUGACUCCGCUCUCCGCCAGAGGAUCUCCGCCCUGCCCCCUGAGGUCCAGGACACAUCACUACUGCACCGCAUCACAGAUAAGGAGUCAGGGGAGCGGCUGGCGCGUGCGGUAGAGGAGGCGUGCAUGAUGCUGGCGGACUACAGUGGGCGGCUGGCAGCAGAGAUAGACGACCGGCGCCAGCUGACGCGCACCCUGGCUGCGUACCUGCAGAGCCAGAAGGACGGCCUAGCACACAACGAACACAAACUAGAAGAGUACAAGCGUAAGCUGGCGCGAGUGUCCCAGGUGCGUAAGGAGCUGCGUUCGCGCCUCAGCAGCCUGCCCGACCUCUCCCUCCUGCCCAGCGUCACGGGCACACCUGUGCAGCUGCCCUCCGCCGACCUCUACAACCCCUCCAACUGACCUGUGCCGCCCUUGCCCCGCCCCGACCUUUUGACCUUUGAUCUCCCGUAUUGGUGUACAUACCACUCACCCGCACUGAUGGACACAGUUGUCAUCCAAUCGCCAUCCUCAUUCUGGUCCCUUGGUCCCUCCCUCCUCCCGCCUCCUUAGUGUUGUGUAGCUUGCACCCCACUUUAAAGCCUCUUUCUCUCUCUUUCUAUCUGCCUCCUUUUCUCUCUCUCUCUCUCUCUCUCUCUCUCUCUCUCUCUCUCUCUCUCUCUCUCUCUCUCUCUCUCUCUCUCUCUCUCUCUGUCUUAUUUUGUCUCCUCAGUCUCUUUUCAAUGGCAUUUCACAUUUUUCUCCCACCCCCCUUUCACUCUGUUUGUCCUACAUUUGACAUACUACUUUGCAAUGCCUCUAUUCUCUCUCUCCCUCACCUCCCUCCUCCGUCCCACACUCUCCCCUAUCUCUCCUGCUUGGCUCACUAGGAGGUGUGCUGCUGUCUCCUUUCCUUCCCUCCCUCCUUCUCCUGUCACCUAGCUAGUGGACCAGCAGCCGUGUUCACAUUCACAACGCUGUCUCAGUAGUGCACUAGGGUAGGGUCCAUCUGCACAAGGACACAAGCAAGCAAGCAAAGAAGGAAGUAGAGGCCCUUUAAAAGAGCUAUUCGAGAUGCGGUACGUGAGUGUAUACUCCCAGCUGAUCUACAUAAGGAGAAACAAAAACCGUAACAAACUAGGCCGCAAGAGAACAGGUAUUCAACGUUACCAUGACCUUUGACCCCAACCCCAACUGCUUCUCAUCCAAUCAUCUCCCUGCUUAUUUAGGAUACAGGUGGGGAUAAAGAAGAAAAAGAUUAUCUCUCUCUCUCUCUCUCUCUCUCUCUCUCUCUCUCUCUCUCUCUCUCUCUCUCUCUGGAGCAUAUUUUUGUAUUUAAACUGGGUUUGGAUGUUAUUAUAAAGACUGGAAGAGUGAGAGGAUAGGCCUAAGGGGUAUGGUGGAACACGCCCGCUCCAUAUACUACUACAGCGCCCCCUAGCGUGGCAAAGGUGGCAGUAUUUUAAUUAAGUAAUUGUGUGUUGCUCUGUCUCUGCCGUUACCAUGUUGCAGGCAGAUUUUGCUGAUAUUUUAAGUUUUGUUUUUUUAUUGUUUUUCUCCCUAACAACCAUUGGAUGUUAAGGUUGUUCUGCCACUCCUUUGCUAAAACAAUACGCACACACCUUUGUUUAAAAUCAUGAUCUUUUGAAUUGUUAUUAUUUUAUUGUGUUUGUGUAUGGCUCACUAGUAGGCAUCGUCUGAAAACACUGUUUACGCCUUCAGUUACAGGAGUGUGUCCACAUGAACUUUUAUUGUGUACCAGAGAAUAUGUCCAAGGAAACUUGUGUGCCCAAGAUAACUCACUUCUCACUCUGAAGUGUGUGUGUGUGUGUGUGACUGUGACUGUGACUGUGACUAUGUUGGAGAGUAAUAAUUGGGUAAACAGAGAGCCUGGACGAGUUUUCGUGUAUUUCUUAACAUAAUUUAUGUCCUUAUAGCACCAGGCUGGGUCACCAGUUUGUUUCUGUCACUCCUCCCCAUUGCUGUGCUCAUAAGAACACUUCCCAAGCUCUCUGUGUUUUUAUAACUUAUUUGUGACGUUCACAACACAACUACUACUACUACUUUUACUACUCCAGUAUACACACAAACCUGUAUGCAUUUCAUUUGCACGGGCCUCGUAAACUGUCAGUGUUGGUCUCGGAAGGGAAUCAGUGAGGAGCUGCCAUUUUUAUUUUGUUGAGUGUGUGCGUGCGUGCGUGGGAGAGAGUGAGGGAGUGAGUCAGUGUGUGAAAGAGGGAGAACUAGAGAAAAGUAGACCACAUCAUCUUCACAGGUGAAUCUUCAAAACAAAUCUUUUAAAAAAAGCAAAAAUGGAAGAUGUUGAUGUUUGUAUUUCUGGGCUCUCUGAACACAGUCUCCUGUACUCCUCUGGACACACUAUAACAAUAUAACGGACACACAACGUAAACCAAUGGCAGCCUGUUAAAGGGCACGAAGAAAAGACUACUCUUGGGCUCUAACUUUUGUUCUGCUGUCUGUAGUGUAACUUGUAGCCACCGAGGGCUGACAUUUCCAGUGAAAAAAUAAUAAACCAAACCCAAAGA